UCCCGCAUCGUAAAGGAGCCGGGCGUUGCGCCUCGAGGCUACGGGCUGCAGCGAGGAGCCGCCGAGGCCCCAGUCACGCACCUGGCCCAGCGGACGAUAAAAGAUUGCCACAUCAUCUCAGGGAAAUGGUAACCUGUGGUGGUUUUCUUGGAGCAACAAUGUAAACCAACAAUGAACAGAUGAUAGCAAUAAAACUGCAUUUGGCAGCUGACUUUAUCACGAUAGCAAGUGACAGCACAUCCAGUGAUAAACUGCAAGGGUUUAGUGUUUCCUAGUCGUUGGGAAUAUGCCCAGUAUCUUGGCUGCUGAAGUGGCUGCUGUCUCUGCUUAGGUCUGUUUAGUUCUUGUAGUCAUGUCUGUUACUGAAACAGAGAAUGACCCUCCUCGAUUCUUUGUGGGUGGUGAAGAUGGAGAUGAAUUACUGGAUCCGGACAGAUCUUCAGACUUCAAUCGCUUCUAUGACCAUGCAGAAGAAGAGGAAGAAGAGUAUGAUUCUCCACCGGAAAGGCAAAUUGUAGUUGGGAUAUGUUCCAUGGCAAAGAAAUCCAAGUCCAAACCAAUGAAGGAAAUUCUAGAACGCCUCUCCAUGUUUAAAUACAUCAUGGUGGUAAUAUUUGAAGAGGAUGUUAUUUUGAAUGAAGCAGUAGAAAACUGGCCUCUUUGCGAUUGUCUCAUUUCUUUUCAUUCUAAAGGAUUUCCACUGGACAAAGCAGUUGCCUAUGCCAAACUCAGGAAUCCAUUUGUAAUCAAUGACUUGAAUAUGCAGUAUCACAUACAAGAUAGGAGAGAAGUGUAUGGCAUUCUCAAAGCUGAAGGCAUUUUACUUCCUCGUUAUGCAGUUCUAAACCGUGAUCCAAACAAUCCCCAAGCUAAUAUAAUGGAUCCACAGAAGAUUCAGAAUUGUGAAACUAAAGGAAGAACUUACAACUAUGGGCUGGGUGAGGACUGUGGUUAUGGAGCAGUGCUAGGAAUGAAUUGGAGUCGAGCAGUUGACACAGAAUGCAAUUUGAUUGAGGGAGAAGACCAUGUGGAAGUGAAUGGGGAAGUUUUCCAAAAGCCAUUUGUAGAAAAGCCAGUUAGUGCCGAGGACCACAAUGUUUACAUUUAUUAUCCAACAUCUGCUGGAGGGGGUAGCCAGAGGCUUUUUCGGAAGAUUGGUAGCAGAAGCAGUGUUUACUCCCCUGAAAGCAACGUGAGAAAAACAGGCUCCUACAUUUACGAGGAGUUCAUGCCUACGGAUGGCACUGAUGUGAAGGUGUACACAGUAGGUCCAGAUUACGCACAUGCUGAAGCUCGAAAAUCCCCUGCUCUAGAUGGCAAAGUAGAACGAGACAGUGAAGGAAAAGAAGUGAGGUAUCCAGUCAUUCUGAAUGCAAGAGAGAAGUUGAUAGCCUGGAAAGUAUGCCUUGCAUUUAAGCAAACAGUUUGUGGCUUUGAUUUGUUGCGUGCUAAUGGACAAUCCUAUGUCUGUGACGUGAAUGGCUUCAGUUUUGUAAAGAACUCCAUGAAAUAUUAUGAUGAUUGUGCUAAGAUACUUGGAAAUAUCAUAAUGAGAGAACUUGCUCCCCAGUUUCAAAUCCCAUGGUCAAUACCUUUAGAAGCAGAAGAUAUCCCUAUUGUGCCAACUACCUCUGGAACAAUGAUGGAGCUCAGAUGUGUUAUAGCUGUAAUACGUCAUGGGGACCGAACACCAAAACAAAAAAUGAAAAUGGAAGUUAAACAUCAGAAGUUUUUUGAUCUCUUUGAAAAAUGUGAUGGAUAUAAGUCUGGAAAAUUAAAACUGAAAAAACCAAAACAGUUGCAGGAAGUGCUUGAUAUAGCAAGACAGCUUCUAGUAGAACUUGGACAAAACAAUGACUCUGAAAUUGAAGAAAGCAAAGCAAAACUAGAACAGCUGAAAACUGUGUUGGAGAUGUAUGGACAUUUUUCUGGCAUAAAUCGCAAAGUCCAGUUAACAUAUCUCCCUCAUGGUUGCCCAAAAACUUCUAGUGAAGAAGAAGAUAGCAAAAGAAAUGAGCCUUCCCUACUGCUAGUUCUAAAAUGGGGAGGAGAAUUGACCCCUGCAGGCAGGGUUCAAGCCGAGGAGCUUGGAAGAGCUUUCAGGUGCAUGUACCCCGGUGGACAAGGGGAUUAUGCUGGAUUUCCUGGAUGUGGUUUACUUAGAUUACAUAGUACGUAUCGACAUGAUCUCAAAAUAUAUGCUUCUGAUGAGGGACGAGUUCAGAUGACUGCAGCAGCUUUUGCAAAGGGACUACUAGCUUUAGAGGGAGAACUGACUCCUAUUCUUGUCCAAAUGGUAAAAAGCGCUAAUAUGAAUGGUCUAUUGGACAGUGACAGUGAUUCUUUAAGUAGCUGCCAACAUCGUGUUAAGGCAAGGCUCCAUGAAAUACUCCAGCGAGACAGAGAAUUUACUCCUGAAGACUAUGAAAAGCUUAAUCCAUCUGGAAGCAUCUCUCUGAUAAAAUCAAUGCAAGUGAUAAAAAAUCCUGUGAAGACAUGUGACAAGGUAUAUUCUUUGAUCCAAAGCUUGACCUCUCAAAUCAGACAGCGAAUGGAAGAUCCCAAGUCUGCAGAUAUUCAGCUUUACCAUAGUGAAACACUAGAACUAAUGCUGCGUAGGUGGUCCAAGUUGGAAAAGGACUUUAAAACAAAGAAUGGAAGAUAUGAUAUCAGCAAAAUCCCUGAUAUUUAUGACUGUAUAAAAUAUGAUGUCCAGCAUAAUGGUUCCUUAAAAUUAGAAAACACAAUGGAAUUAUACAGGCUUUCAAAGGCAUUAGCUGACAUUGUGAUUCCUCAGGAAUACGGUAUUUCCAAUGCUGAAAAAUUAGAGAUUGCCAAAGGAUACUGUACUCCUCUAGUUAGGAAAAUUCGUUCAGACCUUCAGAGAACUCAAGAUGACGAUACAGUAAACAAACUCCACCCUCUGUACUCUAGAGGUGUUAUGUCUCCAGAACGUCACGUUCGCACUCGAUUAUAUUUCACCAGCGAGAGUCAUGUCCACUCUCUACUAUCAAUCCUUCGAUAUGGUGCCUUAUGUGAUGAAUCAAAAGAUGAUCAGUGGAAGCGAGCUAUGGAUUAUCUCAAUGUUGUCAAUGAACUUAAUUACAUGACUCAGAUUGUUAUCAUGUUAUACGAGGAUCCAAACAAGGAACUGUCUUCAGAGGAACGUUUUCAUGUUGAGCUGCACUUCAGUCCAGGAGCUAAAGGCUGUGAAGAGGAUAAAAACUUACCAGCUGGUUAUGGAUAUAGACCUGCCUCCAGAGAGAAUGAAGGCCCCAAGAAAAACUCACAUAGAAAUGAUAGUGAUGAAGAGGUGCAUGCUUCCAGGAGGGAUGAAAUGGAUCGUUCAGUAGUUAUGUUCAAACCCAUGGUUUCAGACCCAAUUCACAUACACAGAAAGUCGCCCCUUCCAAGAUCCAGGAAGAUUGGUUCUGUUGAAGAAGAGAGCCCCCUGAGUGUGUCUAGCCCAGAGGGUAUUGGUACCUGGCUGCAUUACACCAGUGGUGUGGGUACUGGGCGUCGAAGACGCAGAUCAGGGGAACAAAUCACUUCUUCCCCUGUCUCCCCUAAAUCAUUGGCUUUCACAUCCAGUAUUUUUGGCUCAUGGCAACAGGUCCUAUCAGAAACCAGUAGUAGCUUAAGAACACCAAGAACUAUUCUGGAACAAAAACAAAGUGGUCUAGGGUCUCACUGUGCGGGCCUGUUUAGCACCUCAGUGCUCGGGGGUUCUUCAAGCGCACCUAACCUACAGGAUUAUGCUCGUACUCAUCGUAAAAAGCUGACUUCUUCUGGCUUCAUAGAUGAAACCACACGCGGUUCUGCUGUUAAAAGAUUUUCUAUCUCAUUUGCUCGACACCCAACCAAUGGUUUUGAACUCUAUUCCAUGGUGCCUUCCAUCUGCCCUCUGGAAACCCUACACAACUCCCUUUCUUUAAAGCAGGUGGAUGAAUUUCUUGCCUCCAUUGCUGCUCCUUCAAGUGACAAUCUACCAGACACAUCCACUGCUCAUAGUUCAUCUCCAACAUAUACAAGUCCAUUGUCAGGAAGAAGAAUCUCUUUAAAUACAUACACGCCUGCAAAAAUCCAGCCAACACCACUUACAAACUUGACUGAAAAGCUAACAAAAGAAAAAACAACCUCAUCUACCAGUGAGACCUCCAGUUGUGUGUCUAAAGUUAAACCAUCUCAUGAAGAAAGCCCCCAUGAUGAUGCAAAACAUGCUAGUGCAACCCUUCCUACGAAGAAAUGAAGCACGGCAGACAAAACUUCUUCCUUUUAAAAAUCUCCUUCAGUGUACAUUCAGUGAUAGAAAAGCUCAUUUAAUUGUGACCUAGCUUUCAAAAGCCAUUCAUGUUACUAUCUGUGUCAGUGCACUUGCCUGUAUGUAAAUUAAAGACUCGUAACUAGUGCACACUUUGUAUAUAUUCAAGUAAAAAGUCUCUUCUCAUUUUCUAAAAUAUUUGUGGCAAAGAGAUUUGCUCAGCAGUUGAGUGAAUUGCACACCUUUUUUUAAGCUGCCUUUUCAGUGUCUUAGUUUACUGUAUAUGUGUAUAAAAGUAUAAACAGACAAGAAGUCUCAUCCCAAUGGUAUGUAUUAUAGUGGCUCUGUUAGAGUCACUAUAAUGAAGAGUUGUCUAUCAUUCUGAACUCCUAUUUUAAGGGGUUAUAAUCUAGCUGUGAACUUUUUUGUCUUGGGCUGAAAUUUGACAUACAUGAUCUUGGCUAGGAGCAAUUUUUAUUUAAAUACAAUUCCAAAGAAAUCACUUUGCCUGUUUGAGGUAAAACAGGUGCUUUUGGCAUUUGAAUGAUUUUGUAUCAUAUAUGCUGAAAUAACUAGGAACAAUGGGGUGAAUGAAGUUGUCGUCUUUUCAGUUUGAAUCUCCUUGCUGUGUUCUGUGUUUUACAUCAGACCUGUAACAUUCAAAUAUACCUUUUUCUUUUGUGGUUUAGUAUGUGCUUAUAUACGAGUAGAUAUCUGUAUAUCCUCCGACAGAAAAAAAUCAUUUUAUAUAUUUUCUUAUCCUAAGAAUUUUUGUUUACUAAAAAAGAUGGCUUUAUUUGCCUUAUCAUAGGUUUGUAAAAAGUUACUAACAAACUGCUGACUUAAAAAAGAAAGACAGAAAAAGCAGUUUUCUUUAAAAGGAAGUAUGAUUACAUCUGGCCUGAUUAUUUACGGUUUCUAGGAUAACUUAUUACCCCAUCAUUAUGCAGUGGUUCUACUACCACUGUUUCAGACUAAGGAGAGAAACUGCAAUACUCCUGGAACUAAAAGUUUAACUUUAGAAAGAUAAUCUGAAUACACUGGUUUUAGCAUGUUCUGUUUGGUUCAUAUCACUUUCACUCCGUCAGCUUUUGUCAGCAGGACUCAAACUGUGGACUCGGGUUCUAUGAAGUAAUCAUCCAGGCUCAGCCAGUUUUCAUUUCGUCUGUGGCAUGAAGAAUUUUUAAACAUUCAUAAAUGUCCCAAAUUAAUGUAUCAUUUUGCCCAUAUGUUCAGACGGCUGAAUGGUUAAUAAUGGCUUUAUAAACUGCAUUAAAAUUGAUAUUUUUCUAAUUUAAAUGGCAAGACAUAUUGUUUCAAAGAAAUGUUUUUAAGGAAAAGAAAGCUCUUAACACUUACCAGCAAUUUUGAAUACCUUGUGAUCUUACGACAAAGUCUGUGCAGAUUUAAGUGGGUCACAAGUGAAAUGACUUCUAAAAAAUGGUUCUAUUAAGUGCAGAGUAAAUGAUACCAAAAACCUGAAGUGUUCAGUUGUAUGCUCAAACCAGUUAAUUUCUUGUAUCAUAAACAUGUAAUGUGGACCCUAUUUCUUGCACAUAACUGAAUGUACAUGUUAAUGUUUACUGUUUCUUUUUUUAAUUCUGUUAAAAUGUAAGUGUGCAUAUCAUUCCAGUCAACCAAAGCUCUGGUAUUAAAAAAAAAACAAAAC